UAGUUCGUCGUUUGUAUUUAAAAAUUCAUAUUAAUAAAAAUAUUUGUGAUUGUUAAAUAAAAAUUUAAUUAUUUGUGUCAGACAUAAUUAAAAUUCGUUAAAUGUUUGCUUGACUGUUUUAUUGUAUACGGAACUCGUGUGUCAGUGGAUUGUAAUAUGUGAAAGUUGGUACAACGUGUAAAAAAAAUAGUGCUUGUUGAUUUUAGCAUACUUUUGAGAUUAAAACAGCUGAUAUAUCAAUAACUAAAGAUAACUUCGACAAAUGUGAUCUUCCGUGAUUAUAAUUCUGGUAUAUAUUUGUAUAAGUAAUGUGGUGUGGCACGGAUGGACGUCAGUGAACUGUCAAGUUUGCCGCCAAAACAAAAUGGCCGCUAGGGGGAGAUGGCGGACACGCUGCCGGCUCUGCGCAGCGCUGUUCGCGAUACUUAUACAAGUUGUUAAUGGUUAUGAACAAAUAUACACAAUAUCACAACUAUCACCAAAGUCUGAAAUCAACGAAAAAUUAAAUCUAGACGAUGUAUUACAAACAACAAACACAGAAAACUUAGCUUUUAGGAUAGAACCUAGUGCCAAAUUUGAUGUAGAACUAGAUUCAGAACUAGAAAAAGUUGUGGAUGGAGAAGAAGAAGUAGAUAAUCAUUUUAUAGUAGCGAGAUCCGCGGAUCCAAAUGACAGAGAAUCGAGGUCUAUUAAUAUUGAAGAAAUACCCACAUCGAAUCACAACGAAAUCGACAACGAGUUAGAACUUCAUAAUAAGAGAAAGUACUAUGAAAUUACACCAACGAAAACUCUAGUAUUUUUACACGAUCAAGGUGAGGAAAUGUUCGUAUCCUCAGAAGGAUAUGGUGAUAAACUUAAUUUUAAGUUUCCGGGGGAAGCCAAAAGGGUCCCGAAGGGGCGCGCACUCGCUCCUACGGGGCCCAAAGUACGGCCGUCUGCAGUGCAACCGAUAUUUGCAACAGCUACCCAUAGAGAACAAGGCCGACAAAAUUCAGAGAUUCAAAAUAUAAUAACGGGAAUAGUUAAAUUAUUAAACGGAAAUGUUAACGUUCAAGCGAAUACCCAGCUCUUAAAUGGCAGACCGGGACGACCGAUGGCUUCGAGAAUAAACAAUCGUGGGCCGCCUAAAAUAUCGGACGUUCCCCCACUACCAGAUCUCGACCAAAACGUAUCACCUCCAGCAUUCGCAUUCCAUCCAACUCCUCCUCCCUACCCUUUCGAUCGCCCGCCAUAUCAUGGUGUCAAUUUACCAGAGCAAAUUGUUCCACCAAUGACUUCUCAUCGACCAGGGUUUCGUCGACCGUCGCCUCCUUGGCUGAGACCUCGGCCAUGGCCACCCCACAGGAGACCGAACCCUAGCAUGCAAAUAUACAAACCUACUCCACCUCCUCCACCGAUUGAUAUCCCUAACUUAGAUUAUGGUGAUCCUGAAGAAGUAGUAAACGAAAAUGGAAGUGGGCAUUUAGAAAACAAUAUACACCACGAAGAUAAGGAAACAAUUUCUCAAAACGUAUCAGAAACAAAUACACCAGAAGUUGAUGAAGAAAUUCAAUUUUCCUCAGCGGACACGACAACUUCUACUACCACAACUACUACUUCAACAACAACAACAACAACAACAACCACAACAACAACUGAACCAACAACUACUACAACAUCAACAACGACAACAACUGAGAAACCGACCGAGAAAACAACGACAACGACCGAAAAACAAACUGAGCCCCCUACUGAACCACCAACACAACCUCCAACGCAACCACCAACAAAACCACCAACAAAACCACCACCCACAAAACCCCCACCAACGCAACCUCCCACACAACCACCGAAAGAUAAAUUCCGUACAACCUCAGUGAAGCCCACAACGCAGAAACCAAUUAUUAACAAAUCAGAAAAGGAUAAGAAAAAAGAUUCACAACUUAAUAGUGAAAAGGAUAAUCAAACCAAAGACAAACAAAAAGUCAUAGAAGAAAAACCAAUCAGAGUUUCGAAGAAUCAAACAACAGCGGAGCAUUUUAUACAAUCAUCUAUAUCGGACAUUAGUUCAACAACCAGCUCCUUACUUUCACCCACACCUACAGAAGGGCUCGCAAGUCAUGUUCCUGCAGUUGUGCAACCCAGUGUUAAUGAAGACAUCACAUCAUCCUCCAUCAAUUCACAACCGCUGCCGACUUCACAAGGUAUACCGUACCAUCCUUACCGGCCUAGACCUGGUAUAGUGCUGGAUGACCCAGAUUUCAAGCCACACGGCUCCCGGUAUAGACCAGAAGCUUCCGUGAUCACAGCACAAGAGCCCCAGCUACCGGGAUACGGAGAAAUUUUCGAUGUUACAGUCUCUGCUAUACAAGGCCCGGGCGAGAAAGGAGGCGCGUCUGUUCACAUUCAGAACGUACACGCUGCAGCAAAUGAUCCUGAUGACAUAAUUGUCUCCGCUGCCGGGUCCCAAGGCUUCGUGUCAAUCGACGGCAAGCGGACGUACCUCAACUUGUUUGAUUCCAGCACAGCCAGUAUACAGCCUACCAAUGUUCAGGCUGGACCACAUCAUACACGUGAGUUAUUAGCACCACCACCACAGUUGCCGCAACCAGCACUGGGAGCUGCAAUCGGCACCGGAGUGGCCAUUCCCGCCGACGAUGUACCUCCGGUCCCACCGCGCCGCACUCCGCCGCACCCCGCUCAUCCCCCGCAUCCCCCACACGCCCCGCAUACCCGCCCUCAGACAUACCGCAGACCACAACCCACUGUGAGGAUAGACACGUGUAUAGUUGGUGACGACUCAACGUGUGAUCAGGCUCAGAAUGAGAAGUGCAGGACUGAAUUAGGUAUUUCUAGUUGUCAAUGCAGACCUGGGUACGCUCGGCGUACACACAGAGACCCUUGCCGGCGUGUUGUCUCCUUGUUGCUCAAUUUAAGGGUAGACAGACUUUAUGAUAGAAAGGUUGCUUGGGAUAGUAAAUUGGCAGACAAAGAUUCAGAACCGUACCAACAACUAAGCUAUGAAGCGGUUAGAGCUAUCGACUCAGCAUUUUCUAUGACUCCUUUUUCUGAUGACUUUGUUAGCGGUUCUGUUAAUUCAAUACAUCAUGGUGAUCCCCUCAAUCAGGGUGUAUUCGUUAACUAUACUGUUUUGAUGCAAGAAACAGCGGAGACACUUCGUUCAGCUGUCGCUACAGAUAUACAGAAACACUUGUUGGGUGUUAUCCGACGUCGGUCUAACAAUGUGGGUGCUUCAGCUCUUUGGGUUGACAGUCCAGCUGGCAGCGUAUUGCCACUUGCAGAUGUAGACGAGUGUGCAUCAUCUGAUCUCAACGACUGUCACCAGCUCGCCUCCUGCACCAACACAUGGGGAGCUUUCAAAUGUGUAUGUCCGGACACAACUCUGGACGCGGCGGAGGGUUCACCGCGAGCUGGUCGCGAGUGCCGCGCCUGCUCCGCCUCACACUGCAGCGACCGCGGUGUCUGCAGAUACGCUAACGGACAACCUUACUGCAGUUGUACAUCUGGAUACUACGGGUCUACAUGCGAAGUGGAUGGAGAAGUGGUGGGUGUGGCUGUUGGUGCAUCUCUCGCUGCUGCAUUAGUCAUAGCUCUCACAUUAGCCGCACUUCUAUCUUGGAGUCGCAAAUGGUCUCGGGAACAGAAGGCAGCAGGAAUGGGCUCUCCUGUCUUCAACUACAUGGCUUCAAACACUAUAAAGACGCCUCCUGUCGGACAACCGCCUUAUCAGGUAUCAAUAGAGGAACGUAUGCGGUGGGCGCAGAUUGCUGAAGCAAUGGCGCAGGCGAAUCAUUAUGCGCCCGACCCAGCACAGACGAUGGCUACCCGUCCCUCCUCCGCCAUGUUCGGAGGAUAUCCAACACUACCGCCGGUACCUCUACCCAGAAUGGGUAUACAUGGUCACCACACGGGUACACUGAACACGGUCACGUCGCGACCCAACACCAUCUCACAUCACAAUAUGUAUGGUUAUACAAAUCAUAUGGCGGAGUCAACAAGUUCCGAAGCUUCGAGUCAUGUACAGGACCGUACUGACUUGUUGGUGCCGAGACCAAAGUCACGGGCCAGGAGUAUGCAUAAUCAAAAUGGUAUUUACUACGACGUGGAGUAUGAAAACAAUCCUGAACCUAUAUACGGCAGUAAAGGAAUCCCGCUCUCCACCUACACGGUCAGUAGGGGCCCGCCUUUCUAUAGGUCAUAGUUAUUUGUAUGUCAUGUCUUAUGAUUUCAUGUCACUCGUGGAUCUAC